UGACAAAUUAUUAUAAUAUAUUUUGUUUUUUUUUUUUAUUGCUUCAUAGUUUAUUACUCGUGUUGGUUAUUAUUUUUCAAAAUACAUUUUUUCCACCGUUCACCCGGCUGUUCAUUGACCGAGAACGCCUCGUUAAACGGCAGCUGUUGGUAUAUUAUUAUUGUACAGUUAACCCGGACGUUGGCGAUGGUUUGUCUUGCAAAAUGAUCGGCGACAGGAACGGACGGCCCCUUUCCUAAUCUUGUUAUUGAUCGUUUAUUGUUGCGCGUUUGUUGUGACCACCACCGCUCCUAGCAACGGGACAGAAGCCGUAGCCAUAGUCACCAUGAACGCCUUUUUGCGUCAACAAUUCAGACGAGCUACGCACUGUUCGGGUGAUCGUCCAAUCGGAAGCAUAUGAAUUGCCGACCAUCCUCUUGUACACGACCGUCAUUCACAUAUUCAUCUCAAUAAUUCUAUGGCGACUUCUGUGAGAAGUGGAAUCAAAAUAGAUGGGUCAGCUGGCCCAGGCUCGCAAAUCAGUACGAUAACAGUAGUUACAGCUGGAGGUGUCAAUCAAACACUAGUCGUACAACCAGUACAACAAGCUUCUGUAGUUCGAGCUUCAAUUGAACAAAAUGUUUCUAACGGUAGACAAUUGGACACUGCCAUGUUAUGCGGUAGUCCGGUUCACGACGACGGGUCUGAUAAAUCACUGGACGACGAUGACCUAGACCAUAAAGAUCAAGUAGCUACUGUAACCGUUGAGAAUGGCCAUUAUAUUGUUGCAGCAUCAGAAGGAAAUCAAGGACGAUCUUACGCUUCUUUAACACCAGUACCGACAUUAGUUCCUGAAACAGAAACUGUCGGCUCCGACGAUGUCGGUCAUUCUACUUAUGUGCAGUAUGUGGAAGGAACGACUGACCAAGCGAUUUUUACAAACGGUCAAAUGGCAUAUCCUGUCUAUACAGUUGGAGAAAGCGGUACUAUGUACCAAACGGGCCAAACUCAUUAUUAUACACCAAGCACUAACUCAUAUUCUCAGGUUACAAAUACGUUAGGCCAGCCUACGUGUCAAGCACAAAUUAUAGGAAAUGGAACUUACAUCAUACAACAAAAUGUCGACAACGAUCAUACAAUUAUCGCAACAGCUCAAAGAGAUAGUCCUAAUUCUGCCUUGUCAUCGGACGUUUCUUAUCUUACGGUGAACCCCACCGAUUCCAACACGACAAAUGGCAAUAUCGAUCAGAUAAACGGUGUCGAAACGGACGGAGGAAUGCAAAAUAGUGGUCUUAUGCAUGCCAAUAGAAUAUCACCAGCAACUGUAAAUUGGUUAAUGGAAAACUAUGAAAUGGCCGAAGGCGUUUCACUGCCACGGUCAACAUUAUACAAUCAUUAUUUAACACAUUGUUCUGAAACCAAAAUUGAUCCUGUAAAUGCAGCGUCGUUUGGUAAACUGAUCCGAUCGGUUUUCAUGGGUUUACGCACAAGACGCUUAGGAACUAGAGGAAAUUCUAAGUAUCAUUAUUACGGUAUAAGAAUCAAAGCUAGUUCUUUGUUGAAUGAUUUUUCAACUGACGAGAACGUACCUGGCCGACCAAACCAAAGUGGAGGAAACUCAAAAAAAAUAAAAUUUAUCAAAUCUGAAGAACAAAACUGUAAUCAAUACGCUAGCAAUAGUUCAGACUCGGCCAACUGCUCUCAAAAUAGUAUACCGUCUUCUCCGCAAGCUCAAAACCUAAAAUAUUUGGGAGAUGGAACCAACGCAGUGCCUGAAUUUCCAGAUAUCAUAUUAGAUGAAUUACAGUUAGAUGACAAUUGUACUCUUGAAGAUGUGGAUACAUUUAAAAAUCUAUACAGAGAACAUUAUGAAGCUUUCUUAGACGCUAUAAUGACGUUAGAGUUUGGUACUAUCGAAUCGCUCUGGCGUGAAUUUUGGCGUAGUCAAGACAAUAACAAUGAUGAAUGCGAAGAAGAAAAGUACUUGUCCAAAGAAAAAUUGUAUUCCUUGUCCAAAUGUAAAACGUUGCAAUUAUUUGUAAAAACAGUCGAUUUUCUGUUUUAUCAGAAUUUAGUAAAAGUUUUAAUCCCAGAUGUUCUGAGACCUGUUCCGGGAACAUUAACUCAAGCUAUCAGAAAUUUUUCUAAAGGUUUGGAGUCAUGGUUAACAUCAGCAAUGCAAGGGUGUCCAGAAGAAAUGAUCUCAAUCAAAGUGACUGCUGUUAGCGCAUUUGCACAAACUUUACGUAGGUACACAUCUCUAAAUCAUCUCGCUCAAGCUGCAAGAGCUGUGUUACAGAACUAUACCCAAAUAAAUCAAAUGCUUACUCCGGUAUUAAACGCUUUUUUUUUUUAUACAGAGUGGUCGAUAAAAUAGUUUAUAUUUAUUAAA